GGAAGGAAUCAGCGAUUGUUCAGCAAUCUGUUGAUUGAACUCGAAGCAAAAUAUAGUGAACAGAGGAAAGUUUUGAGAGAGAGAGAAAGAUAAAGCGGGGAGGAAGAUGGCCAAACCCGUUCUAGAGCCGUGCAAGAAAGAAGCCUGCGAUAUUCAAGCUUGUCUCUCCAAGAAUAACUUCCUCCCUCAGAGGUGUCAGAAAUUUAUAGAAAACCUGCAAUCAUGCUGUGAGAAGUGUGAGAGCAAGUCGACGCAUUGUGCUUCUGUGUCUGCCCUUCUGAAGCAAAUAACCAAGAAAUGAAAGCUGAAGUAUUUGGAUAAAGCAUACAGUUUCCAGAUGAUCAUCCAUUUAUGGUCGAUAGUAAAACUCAGCCAGUUAGUAUAGAAUACCCUGUUAAAGCUCAAACUUGGGUGCGAGGAUUAGCUGUGGCGAACCUGAAAAAUGAUACAGCCACCAUACAUGUUUGUAGAGGCAGCGUUGUAGUUGUGAGCUCAUGCUGUGUUUUGCAUAGAAUAUGAAUAUGGUGGAAUGCCAUAGGUGAUUAGCGGAAAAAGGGUGCUGAUCAAGAACUCAACUGUAUAAUUGGUGAAAAAAUUACACUAUAUAACAAGCAAGCAUCGCUCAAAAAUUACAAUCGCCCAAUUCCACUUCUCUAUCUUUCUUGCUCCUACGUGGGACGAAAGUGCUUGAACUCUGGACGGUGUAUAGUGUGUACACUUAGAAAGCCAAAAGUAGAGUCUUGCUUUCCGUUCACCAACCAUGUCAUAUCUGUGAAGUGCGAGAUGAUCUCGAGGAGUCAGAGAGCUGGUCCUGCCCUAGAUAAACAGCAUUGCCAUCAGCAGCGAUUGUUGUGCAAAAUGAAGGAGCAACUCAACAUAUGUCUCCUAAUGGGAAGCCGAUCGCAUUCCAUCCUGGCGCUUGAGAGGGAUUCCUUCGCCUUCAUACCCAUCCUCUUCUGAAUGCUUCGGUAUUCUGACAGGGAGUGCUGCUGAACCUGUUACCAAACAUCAGAAAGAUGGAUACAAACCAGCAAUGAGCAGGGAACAUAUAGGAUGGAUCGUUCCCUCAAUACCAAGGAAUAGAAGGAAAUGUCUUAUAGUAAACAUACCGUCAGCCAUAUCCUUGGUUUUGUGGAGAAGAAAUGUGCCUGAUAAGAUGGUCACAAACCC